GGUUGGCACGGGUCAAUGUUUAACCGAGCGGUGGUACCAGUUGUGCGGGGCGGCCCGGGGCCGGCUGGCUCCCAGCGGGGCCAAGCGGGUGCUGCCGCCGCCGCCGCCCUGAGCGAGGGCUGUGGGGGGCAAAUGGAGGCAGAGGGCGAGCGGGGCUGGGAGCCCCAACAGGACACAAGGCCCAGGACGCUCCCACGGGGCCAGCAGCGACCGAGCCCCGGAGCGGAGCAGGAGGGACCCGUGGCCGGCAAAGAAACGCGCCUGAGGGUGGUGCUGAGGGUCCGGCCGCUGACCUGCACGGAGACGCGCCGAGGUGACCGGCGGGUGGUGCACAGCCUGGGCGACGGCACCGUCCACGUGAGCGCGGCCAGGCACGACGCCACCUUCGGGUUCAGCGCCGUCUUCGACGCGGGCUCCUCGCAGGAGGCCGUCUUCGAGGGCAGCGGCAUGAGGCAGCUGGUGGAGCUGGCGAUAGACGGCUUCUCCUGCACCGUCUUCGCCUUCGGCCAGACGGGCUCGGGGAAGACCUACACCCUGAUGGGGCCUCUGGGGCAGAGCGAGGCCCAGCCGGCGGCCCCGGCGCUGCUGGGGCUGAUGCAGAGAUCCUUCGCCUGCCUCCUGGAGCACAGCCGGAGCCACGGCCCCGGCCUGGCGCUCAGUGCCUCCUACCUGGAGAUCUACAACGAGCAGGUAAGCGCUCACCCUGCCCCGCUGCCACCCCGUGCCCCGUCCCCGCUGCCUCCUCCGCUGUCAUCCCCCCCCCAGGUCAGGGACCUGCUGAGCCCGGGGCCGCCGUGCGCCCUUCCCCUGCGCUGGAGCAAAACCCGCGGCUUCUACGCCGAGAACCAGCUCAGCGUGGACUUCGAGAGCCUGGAGGCCAUCGUCGACCUGCUCCUGCAAGGUUCCCGGAGGCGCCGGACCUCCGCGCACGCCCUCAACAGGCACUCGAGCCGCAGCCACGCUCUCCUGACCAUCCACGUCCGCAGCCGAGCCCCCAGCACCAGCCCCAGCAAGCAGGGCACGCUGUGCUUCGUGGACCUGGCCGGCAGCGAGCGGGUGAAGGACACGGGCUCCACCGGGGAGCUCUGCGUGGAGGCCAACAACAUCAACCGCAGCCUGCUGGCGCUGGGACACUGCAUCUCCCUGCUGGCCAAGCCCCAAGGGAGGCGGACGCACAUCCCCUACCGGGACAGCAAGCUCACCCGGCUGCUGGCCCGCUCGCUGGGCGGCUGGGGCGUCACGCUGAUGGUCGCCUGCAUCUCCCCAUCCUCACGCUGCCUCUCGGAGACGCUGAACACGCUGCACUACGCCAGCCGGGCCCGCAGGGUCACCGCCAGACCCGUGGCCAACAGGGUCCCCCGGGAGAAGCUGCUGCAAACCUUGGAGGAAGAGAUCCGGGCCCUGCAGCUGGAGAACCUCUCCCUGCGCCAGCAGCUCUGCCUGCCCACGGUGCCGACGAGGAGCGGGGAGGUGCUGGGGACCCCCACGAGGCCGGGGGCACAGCCGGGCUGGGGGGGCAGGUACGGCCCCGUGGGGCCACAUCACUCCCCACACGAUGGGCAGCUCCUGUCGGAGGGAGCCCCAGCCUGGCCCAGCCUCUACGGCCUCCUGCGGGACUUUGUGGUGGAGAACGAGCAGCUCAGGCAGCCCCACAUGUCCCCAGACCCCGGCGGUGACGUCCCAUCCUGCGAGCCCCCCCGCAGCUCCUGCGGCAGCCAGGUCCCUCUCCGGAGCACCCACGUCCCACUCGGCCACCCCACGCAGCUCCGGCAGCCCCACGCGACGUCCGCCUCCGGGCGCCAGCUGCCGAAACUGCCUCCUGCCUCCGGUUGCCCCCAGUGCUGCCCCGGUCUGCCCAAUGCCAUCGUGCCCCAGGUACAUUUUGUGUCCCUUCCGAGGGGGCAGGCGGGGCGCAGCGGCACCCUGACAGCUCCGCUGGGCCCCCAGGCGCUGCCGGGGCUCCCCGUGCCGCAGCCGGUCCCCGUUGGCAUCCCGCUGCCCGGCCAGGAGGACACGGCUCUGCCCGGCUCCCGGCCACACCAGGGAAAGCGGAGCCGGGGAAGGAGCAGGAGCUCGUCUCGGCGGCACCUGGUGCCACGGGCGAGGCGGGAGCCACCAGGACUCGAGCGUUGGCCCAGCCCCGAGAGAAAGGUUGUGCCUUCGGCCCCGCCGUGGCCAGGCCCAGGUCUGCUGGAGCCUGAAGCCGCCGGAGCCGUCCCUGUGCCGCAGUGGGAAGAGGCCCUGGCCUGGCUGGCGGAGCAGAUCUGAGCCACCACAGCCGCACCAGAGCUGGGACCAGCGGAGGGGACCCUGCACCCCGUAACCAGCCCC